AUGGCCGAGACACAGCAGGAAGACGAGCUCGAGUCGUUUCGACGCCAGUGGCUCGAGGAAUCGGACCAGCAGCAGCAGCAGCAGCAACAGGCAGCAGAAGCUAGGCCCGCAGAGAGGAGAAAGUCCCUGCAGCCGCGGCCGCAGGCUUCCGUACAGCUUCCGCAGGAUCUGGCAGACGAGGCGGAUGAGGAUGGCGAUGCAAAGGUCGACACUUCUGAGCUAGACGCGGAGUUCAAGUCGUUGGAGCUGGGCAGCAGCAAAACGGAGGAGAAAGCUCCCCAGUCAGCCCUGGAGCACUUUGAACGGGCCAUCGAGAAGGAAGACCAGGGCAGACUGGGAGAUAGUCUGUCCCUGUACCGCAAGGCUUACCGUCUUGAUGCCAAAGUCGAGCAGGCGUACCGGGAGAAGCAUCACGCCAAUGCCAAACCAUACGUACCGCCAGCAACAUCGACAGCAACAACAGCGACUACUCAACCACCAACUGGGGAAAAAGUAGAUGUCACCUCGUUUGCUACGCUGCCGAUUCUCCCCGCGGAUCCAAUUAUAGAAAACACGCCUCCUCCGCCAUGUCCGAUUGCCCGUCUGCCAUCGGAAGUGCUGAUAGAGAUACUCAAGCAUGUAGCCCUGCUUGAUCCGGCACUUUUCUUCCGACUGUCUCUCGUUUGCAAGCGUCUGGCCUACCAUUUCAUGCAUGAGCAGCACAUAUGGCGUCGGCUGUGUCAGGGGACCGAAUUCGGCCUCGCCUCCAUGCAUUACUCCUUUGCCUGUCAGAUCAAUGGCUCUCCCAUAGACAAAGGCUACCUGCUCGGCCCAGACUCGGAGUCGGACUCGGAUUCUCAGAUCGUGCACUCCCACCCGUUCACGGCACAGAUAACAGCCACCAUACCUAAACCGCUCACCAGCUGGUCCCAUGUCUUCCAGGCCUUUCCUCGGCUGCGUUUCACAGGUGUCUAUCUCAGCACCGUCAACUACAUGCGUCCGGGUGCCAACUCAGACAUCCACAGCGUCACAUGGAACUCACCCAUCCAUAUCGUCACAUACUACCGUUACCUACGCUUCUAUCCCGAUGGCACCGUCUUGUCGUUACUUUCCACUGCCGAGCCCGUCGAGGUUGUCCACCACCUCACGAGAGAAAACAUCGAUCUAUUGGCCACCAGCUCUGCCGGACGGAAACACACAAGACAUGUGUCAGACACUUCAGCUCCCGCACCUCAGUCAACGUCUACAGCGCGACAGAAUUGCGCUGGCUUUUUAGACGCUGACGCCACGCCAGGUAUGCGCUGCCUUCUCCCGCGCCCUCCAGCGUCCCUGCAGAUACACCUGGUGCCCCAAGGUCGAGAUCAAAGUGUCCGUCCCCCUCCCGCUACCGCGAGCAGCUGGAAGGCAUCGAGAUCCUCUUCGGCCAGAUGA